CGCGGUCGCGAAUAGCGUCGCGCGAGUGUUGUGCGAGUGUUGUGCCUGUGUUGCGCGGAGGUCCUCGAGAUGUGGUCGUGUGACCCGCCAGCGCUGCGUGGACGCUCCGGGGAGGGCGCUAUGGAUCUCAGCCAGCGAGGGAGCGGGUCUCGCGGCUGGGGGCAGUGCCCGGCGGCGGUGCUGCGCCGUUUGCACUACCCGGCGGCGCGGCUGAGGCGGCUGCUGCGCGCCCACUGCUCGGCGCCCGCGCCCGCCUCCUCGUCACCAGUGUCGGGCCGCAGCCACGUCGGCGGCUUCUUCGACACGCAGAUGGUGCUCGACCUGAACGGUAAGUGUCCGAUGUUCAAUGCUCACAUCUCGGUUGUCGGUGCUAGCGGCCGGCACCUCACCGGCGUGGCGUCUGCAUCAAUUACGUAUAAUUAUGUUUUUAUGGCCGCAGCCUUCGGCAGCUUCCUAACUCACAGACAGUUAUUUAUUCGUCUCGGGGGACGCAGGAGAUGGUCCCCGAGUAAAUCUUGUAGCGGGGGAGAGCGCCGGCUGCAGCGGCGCCUGGGCCCCGGCCUGGGCCGCUGGGAGUGCCACGGCGAAGGCCACGGCGUGAGCAAUGUUGUUGCCGCAAAGAAUUUGUAA